AUGGAUUCGGCUGCUAUUCCCUUGCCUACUAUUAUUUGCACGAUCGCCAUAAUUGCGGGCGCAUGGUUUGCAUACUCUCGGCUGACUCUGCCAUCGUCAAAGCCGGGCGGUGGUGCGUACGAUCCGCAAACGGGAAUUGGCCGCGGCGCGCCUGGGUUCCAAACAAAUGUUCGCCGUGUUGCAUUGCCUGCCGAUCUCGUAGCUCGGAUUCGUGCAGGUGAGGAGAUUAGCCCUGAGGAAAUUGCUGCCGCGCAAGAAAAACUCGCUACCGGCCAAGCCGCAGCGCCGCAAAAGCCAGAGGACGAGUGGAUUCCUGCGGGCCUGCGCAAGAAACAAGGGAACACGGGAGGGCGCCGCAAGGGGCGCAAGUAG